AUGACUGGCGCUGGCGCUGGCGCUACGGGCAGCGAGGCUGAGCUGUUGCCGAUUUCCAGUGCCGCCUCAGCUUUUCAAAAGUUUCGUCCCACCUCUCACUUUCUCGCCCCUCGAGGCUGGAUGAAUGGUGAGUCUCAACCAGUCUGCUCAUCCUUUGCUAUGGCCGGGCAUGCACGCGCCGUCUAGACACCAGCACUGAUCCAUGACCCUGUCGCCUGCAUUGCCAUGCAGACCCAGCUGGGCCCACCUAUGACGCUGAAACCGGCUUGCAUCAUCUCUUUUAUCAAUGUGCGUGCAGUGAAGAGAUGUUGAACUGCUCCUAGCUCCACUGCAGACUGAAAGCACAGCUGCAUUUCAAUCGCCCUCUUGCGCCAUCAGGGAACCCGAGAGGCUCGACUUGGGGCAACAUGUCUUGGGGACAUGCGACCUCCACUAGUCUGGCCGGGCCUUGGAGGCACGACAAUGCAAUCGAUGGCGCCAAUGAGCACCAAGCCGUACUCGCGCCAGAAGCGCCGUACGAUUGCGAAGGCAUCUUCACCGGCUGCGUUGUGCCUCACGGUCCAAAUGGAGAGCAGGGAAUCAUGACAGCGCUUUACACGGCCGUCUCGGCUUUGCCGAUCCAUUUCACACGCCAGUACCAGCGCGGCUGCGAGAAGCUUGCUAUGGCCACCUCUCUGGACAAAGGCAAGUCGUGGUCUAGAUCGCCUCUCUCGCCCAUCUUGCCUGGCCCACCAGACGGCAUCGACGUCCUUUCAUGGCGAGAUCCAUUCGUCUCGCCCUGGCCCGAGAUGGACAGCCUCCUCUCCGCGGAAAAGCCCCAUUACUACGGCAUGAUCGCUGGAUCAGUGCCCAGCGUUGGUCCAAGGAUCUUUCUCUAUCAGAUUCCGAUGGACGACUUGUCAUCUUGGACGUUCAUCACUACUCUCGGCGAGUAUUGCGUCAAUGCGUCGCUGCCAGGCAUGCCAUGGUGCGGAGAACUAGGCGCCAACUGGGAAGUCGGAAUGUUUUUCCGCUUGCCUCAUUCCGACGGAUCAUCACGCGUCACGCAAUACUUGUUGCUAAACGUUGAGGGUUGCAAGAAGGCGCAACCCGCCCGACACCCAAUGUGGGUGGCAACAACAUUUGUCAAGGACAGCGUCAGCGGCUUGCCAAAGAUGGUCGCUCACGCGUCUGGCCUGCUCGAUGAGGGCUGCGCCUAUGCGGCAAGCGCAUUCCACGAUGCUCCAACUGGUCGGCGCAUGAUGUGGUCCUGGAUCACCGAAGAUGACUUGCCCGAAUCGUACUAUGAUGCGCAAGGAUGGAGUGGCCUGAUGGCGUUGCCGCGCGAACUGCAUCAACUCGAACUUUCAAACGUCAUUGGCGCUCUUCAUUCCCCUUUGAGCGCCAUUGGCAGUAUCCAGUCGGUACCCAGCAAUGCCGUUCCAGGAACCUGCACGGUUUCUACACUCGGUAUUCGCGUUGCGCAAGAGGUUGAGCGUCUUCGCAAAGGCGCGCAACGGCGACACGAGUCAGGCGUCAUUCGAUUCGACUCGGCCAACGGAACGGCAUUCAGGCUUUUAGACGUCGCAUCGCGGUCGUGGGAGUUGUCGACUGAGGUUGAAGUCGCUUCCGGUACCGAAGAGGUCGGUCUCAGCGUCGCGCAUAACCAAGGUGAGACAGUCCUCUUUGUUUCGUGUGAGACGCGUACCCUUCUGACACGUUUCACCUGCCUUGGAUGAUUCGCGUCUGACUCUAUAGACGGCACAAAGUGCACUACUGUGGCUUUCCGACCAUCCGAAGAGCGUCUGAUUGUAGACCGUACGCGUUCCACCUCGGCCUCGCACGGCAUCAAGACGGCACCUAUCGUUUCACCCUUGACCCUCUUCACCUUUUCUUCUACCAACGGCGACAUUACCACCGAAAAGCUGAGACUGCGCAUCUUCUGCGACAAUAGCGUUCUGCAAAUCUUUGCCAACGACAGAUUGGCCCUCGCCACUCGCAUUUAUCCCGACGAUCCCAGCUGCGUGCUCUUGAGCGCAUUUGCGCGCGGACCAGCCAACUUCACAAAUCUCGACGUGUGGGAAGGGCUGGCAUCUGCCUUUUGA